ACCCCAAUGGCACCGUAGAACUCCCCCUAAACGUGGUGCUUAAGCGCCCAAACUCAUUGCCCUUGCAUCAACAAACCGUUAACUCUGUCUAGCUAACACGGGAAAACAUCUUGAGCGCAGCGCAAAAGACAUCUUGGUGCAUUAUGACCCAACAAGAGAUUGCUGAGGCCUCGGGAGUGUCCACAUACUGUUCGGAAGUUGCUCGCUGCUCCAUACGCAGACCAUCAGGAUCGAGUUGAGACAAGAGGGUGACACUGAGCGCUUAGUAUCCAUGCAGUGAAUUUCCUUGACAACCUCAUCGAACAAAAGCCUGAUUUGAAGCUUGACGAAUUACAGGCUGCGCUUAGAAAUGAGUUUGAGAUUGAAUCAAGCACUUGGACGAUUUCCAGAGCGCUACAUAAGCAUAGUCUCACCAGAAAGAAGUUUAUGUGCAGGGAUGGGUUAUUCUUUCACGGGAGUGGAAUAUGGAAGAGAAUGUUAUUGUUCGAAUAGCGUUACGCGGAUUUCGGGUGCUGGUCAACCUGCUCCUGAUAGUGAUUGUUCGGUCCCAUGUAUGGGGUUGGGGAGUGCCACAUGUGGAGAAUUAAGUGAGUUUGUAGGGGGGAUGGGAACGCUUGAGCGGAUUGGGGGGGCUGAUAUCGUGAGGUUAGAGUGGAUGCCAAUGGGUGGAUGCUCUUUACUCCACACAUGGCGUCGUCCAGUAUAGGCAUGCGGCUGAUUUGGUGCCUAGUUCCCCUCACCUGUUCUUCCACACCAUUUCCUUGUGUAUUAUUA